AUGGAUCCACUCCAGGAGCAACAUUAUCCUAACAAUGAUUCUACUACGGUACUCCCCCCCGCUGGUGCUCACUCUACUGCUGAAGCUUUGGACAAGGAGGGCGGCGACUGUGAUGCUGCAUCUGGUGCUGUGAAGGCCGAACCUGAUUCGGUUCCUGACCCGCAUUCAGUGCAACGUGAUGCUCAUGCCCCUGCAGAGCUGAAUCCUCCUGCCGCUACUGCAGCCGUCUCCGCCAGCAGCGCUGCAGCAGCGGCUCCAGCGCAGGGAGCUGAUUCCACUGCUGAUUCUAGAAGCAGCAUCCAGCUGUGCCUACUCGACCCAGCAGAUGAUGGGGAUGGGAGUGGUGUGACGGAAUCAGCUGCCUUCGUCGCUGCCGCCGCCGCUGCUGCUGCUGCCAAUGGUUGUUCCUUGCAAGGUGACUCUAGAGUCAAGCGCGAGAACUCGCCUUCCUGUGAAGCACAUGAGACUAUUCAGCUCCGUAUCGUAUCUGCACUCCUCAGCUACAAUGAUACACCACCCAUGCCCAGCGGGGGAUUCUGUGAUUGGAAAGAGAAUGGUUUGCCUGAUGGCGAGCCGUGUGCUAAAAGAGUGAGGCGCGCUGACGAAUCAGCACCUGCAUGCUUGAAUCCUGGCCCAAUUGUUUUUAAAGCUGGUGCUACACAUGUGAUGGACCUGCAUGGAGGUGCUGAAGGUGAUGCUUUUCCAAUCCGGCCUUCGGAAGUCCUAAAAGAGGAAGCUGCCAUUCUCAUCUCUCCAGGUAUUGAGAAUUAUGACGAUUUGUUUUGGGGAGAGGAUGGAACUUUGGAUGGACCUGUUGAGACGCACAAAUCUACACUCAUUUCUUGCGUUUUAUAG